CCGCGGGGCUCAGCCAGAGAUGGGUUCUGGUUUCAGCCGCACCAGCAGCUGCCGACUGGCUCAGAGCCUCCGCUUUCUCCCCGUGCACCCCUGGGGGGCUGCUGCCUGGCACAGCCACACCUGACGGACCAGGAAGCGGAGCCUGGGUGGCAGGAUGUCCGAAGGGGACAGUGUCGGCGAUUCGGUCCACGGGAAGCCCUCGGUGGUGUACCGAUUCUUCACGAGACUCGGACAGGUUUACCAGUCCUGGCUGGACAAGUCCACACCUCACACAGCGGUGCGAUGGGCCGUGACGCUGGGCCUGAGCUUUGUCUACGUGAUCAGAGUCUACCUGUUACAGGGCUGGUACAUCGUGACCUACGCCUUGGGGAUCUACCACCUCAACCUCUUCAUAGCGUUCCUCUCCCCCAAGGUGGACCCUUCCCUAAUGGAGGACUCAGAUGACGGCCCGUCGUUGCCAACCAAGCAGAACGAGGAAUUCCGCCCCUUCAUUCGAAGGCUUCCGGAGUUCAAGUUUUGGCACGCGGCUACCAAGGGCAUCCUGGUGGCCAUGGUGUGCACCUUCUUCGAGGCGUUCAACGUCCCGGUGUUCUGGCCGAUCCUGGUGAUGUACUUCAUCAUGCUCUUCUGUAUCACCAUGAAGCGGCAGAUAAAGCACAUGAUUAAAUACCGGUACAUCCCAUUCACGCACGGGAAGAGGAAGUACACAGGCAAGGAGGACGCGGGCAAGACCUUUGCUAGCUAGGAGCUGGACAGUCGUCACUCGGGUCUCGAGAGCGGUUUGGAGCCACUGUAACAAGGCCUUUUCUCUUCACAUAAAGUAGUUGAUUACGAGGGAGUUGAAUUUUCUUUUUAAAAAGGAGCCUCCAAUUAUUUGUAACUGAAAUACCAGGUUCUGGAAGGAACUGCACUUAAACCAAAUUGCGUUGAUUUGUUCCCUGUGAUGUUCACGUUUCAAACGGAAGGAACUGUUGUCGGCCACAGGCUCGGGAGGCCGGGUGGGGGAGGCCAGUGACAGCCGUGGUGACAGUGGCUGCUCACGGCUCAGCCGCCCAGCUGACCGCACCGCCCGCCCCGAGCCGGAGUGUGGACGCAGCCUGCCGGGCGCCGUGCAGGAACUCGAGGUGACCUCCUGGGCGCGGGGGUCCCGCACGUCUCCUGAGCCCACGGCAGUGACUCAAAGCUCUGUUCUUAAUUACCGCGAUUGGAACUAUAAAUAUAUAUUCUAUUUUAA